AUGAAGAGCUUCAUCACUGCUUCCUCCGCUGCACUUACGUUAGCUAGCGGAGCUCUUUCAACACCUGUUUCCCCUCGCUCAGACAUCAUUCUCUUCAAGCCGGUUGAAGUUACAUCCGACUCUGUCCACAAUGUUCAUAUCACCUACGGGGACGACGCGUUCGAAGGAGACGUCCGUGUAGUUUACGGAGACUGUGAUAUGACCGGUGUUGAUGCACGGCACCACGAAAUUGGUUCUUCUUGGAUCAAACGGUCGUCGCGUCCCGAGCGUCUGGUUUGGGUUGUACCCAAAGAUGCAGCACAUGCAGGUUGUUUACACGCAUACUCGGGCUCAAGACUUCUCGGUCGUUCGGCGCCAGUCUCCGUCAAGCAUCAGCCACGGAAGCGAGAGGAGAUCUCGAAGGUUGCUGACAUGAUGGGCCCGUGGUUCGAUGGGGUCGCGUACAUGCAGUCCAAGCAAAACAACGCGUCCUUUAUCGCAGUCGAGAAGAGCAAAAAGAUUGGUAUCGUUGGCGGAGGAAUGGCAGGCCUGUUAACCAGUCUUCUAUUGGACUCUGUGGGUAUCCACGAUUGGCACAUCAUGGAGUCCUCGCAACGAAUUGGAGGACGUAUCCGCACCAAGUAUCUCGCCGGCACUACUCCGGACCAAUACCAGUACCAAGAAAUGGGUCCAAUGCGUUUUCCCGUCUCGACCAAGUACGCGGACACAAACGAGACCUUGGACAUCCAAGACCACAAAAUGGUCUUCCAGCUUGGAGACGUAUUGAACCAGCUGAACGGGAACAAGAGUGAUUUGCUGGUUAAGUUCAUUCCAUGGAUCCAAAGUAGCCCAAAUGUACCUGCGAACUCAAACGGGUAUCGCCUACCGAAUAGUCGCAUUCCAAGCGCAGCUCAGGUCAAAGCCAACUCUUCUCUGGUUCUGCCUGCUGCAGCAUUUUCUGACGAAGAAGCCGAGACUCAGGCUGAGGAGAAAUUCGAGCACUUCGAAGGCCUGAGCACAGAGGUGAUCAAGAACAUGUCGCGAAACGUGUACCAAGCUCACAGGGAUGCUGUCGACAAGGGCCUGUUCAAUUGGUCGGAAUAUGCAUACCUUCGUUAUGCGCUCAAUGUCAGCGCAGAUCUUGCCGACUACAUGGCGGGUUCCCUAAACUCGGCCCCAUUGUGGGAGUACGAUUCUGGCUACUUUGGUGCAACCACUUGGCGGACGAUUGAUAAGGGCCUCGAAUCGCUUCCUCGCGCUUUCUUCCCCUUGGUCCAGGACCGUCUGACCCUGGGUCGCAAGAUCACGGGUCUGAAGUAUAACAACGACACCGGCAAGGUGGCUCUUGAGUGGCGCCAGGAUCCAUUCGCGAUGAAGCCGCAAAGUGAGGAGUUCGACUAUGCUGUUGUCGCCGCGCCAUUUUCGAAGGUCCGACUUUGGAAUCUUCCCAAGUACUCUUCGCUCCUGUCGCGCGCUAUCAGCAGCAUGAACUACCAACAAUCGUGCAAAGUUGCUCUUCACUACAAGACACGUUUCUGGGAGAAAUUGAGCCCGCCUAUAAUCGGCGGCUGUGGUGCUGUCGACAUUGCGGGCAUCGGUUCCGUUUGCUAUCCCGCGUACAAGAUCAACUCUUCUUUGCCUGGUGUCAUUCUGGCAUCGUACUCAUCUGGCACGCCCGCACGUUCGCUUGCUGCUCUCAGCACUGCCGAUCACGUCGCUUACGCACAACGCGCGAUGGUCGAGGUCCAUGGCGAGAUUGCAGCUGAGCAGUUCACUGGUGCAUACGACCGACAGUGCUGGGAGGUUGAUGAGCACCAGGCUGGAGCUUGGGCGGCACCAUUGGCUGGCCAGCAGGACUUGUACCUUCCUGCCUACUAUAACACAGAGUUCAAGUCCAUCUUCAUUGGCGAGCACACCUCAUACACGCAUGCCUGGAUCUUCUCCGCGCUCGACUCCGCAGUGCGUGGAACAACCCAGCUCCUUUUGGACAUGGGGCUGGUAGACGAAGCCAAGCAGGUUGUUGACACAUGGAUGGGAAGGUGGAUCAAUGUGUAGAUAGAUUCUUCGCUUGAAUAACUGAUGAUUGAAUGAACAA